UUUCGUUCAUUGAGUCAAUCAAAAGUGCAAGAACGGUGCGGAGAAACUCCGUGAUUGAAUUUUCGCUUAUCAAUAAAAUUGAUUCGUGUUACGUUUUUGUUCAUCACAAACGGUUUGAUUCCAUUCGUUUUGAUUCAGUGAAUGUGCCUAGCUACAGUUGAAUGUGUUAUAUAACAAUAUAACGUGUGUAAAAGUGCUAGGGAUGGUCAGCUACGAACUUUGAUUAGAGCUCUUUGGCUACCAGUCUGAACAGACUGCACAGCACUGAUGGCGUACCGCGAGUGACUACGAUCUAUCAUUAGUGGAAUAACAGGAAUAAAGUGCAAAGUGGUUCCAUAGGCAUCGUUGUGAAAUAUAUAAAAAUAUCCAGCGCAAGAGAACGCUAUUGUGUCAAUCUGUCGAUAUAACUUAGUGUUAAUUUAGUCCAGAGCAGAAAGCUUGAUAGUAAAAUUAUAUAAAAAGAAGGAGGCGAUUUCCUCCCAUAUGCAAGCGAUAAAAUAGUUCCUUCCAGCUGCUUCUCCCAACCUACCUACCCAACUACUAAGCUCCACUGCGUUUCUCGCCCUUGCUACCUCCGGCAUUGCAGUUUUGAUAAACGGACAGCUCGCGAAAACACACGACAGAUAGCGGUCAGCGCAGAGUUUAAUAUCAUUUUAUUCGGUGGUGCUAAUCAGAAGACUGAUUCGUUGGUAGUGAAAUUCAUUUUACUUUUGUGGCUGAUUUCUGGAUCUAUGAUCUGAACUGGUGAAAAGCGGCCCGAAACGAGUAAAUAAAAGGAACUUGUCAAUCAACUGGGGAUUAGAGUGCGGUAGCAGCAAAAAUGAACUUUCUUCGUUUCGGCCAAUCGGCGGACAUCGACAUCGUUUUCGACGGGGCUGAAAACCGGCAAAGUGCCGAUAUCAAAACCGAGGAUGGCAAAAAGGAUAAGUAUCUCCUUUACUACGACGGGGAAACCGUCAGUGGAAAGGUUAACAUAACACUGAAAAAGCCGGGCAAUAAACUGGAUCAUCAGGGCAUCAAAGUGGAACUGAUUGGUCAAAUCGAGCUUUAUUAUGACCGCGGGAAUCACCAUGAUUUCCUCAGCCUGGUUCGCGAGCUGGCUAGACCAGGAGAUCUCAUCCAGAACACAUCGUAUCCGUUCGAGUUUGCCAACGUCGAGAAACCAUACGAGGUGUACGCUGGGUCCAAUGUUCGUUUGAGGUACUUCCUUCGAGUAACGAUUGUUCGCCGUCUGAGCGACAUCAUUCGCGAAGUUGACAUUGCAGUGCACACGCUAUCCAGCUAUCCGGAUACCAACAGUCCCAUCAAGAUGGAAGUAGGCAUCGAGGACUGUCUGCAUAUAGAGUUCGAGUAUAACAAAAGCAAGUAUCAUCUGCAUGAUGUUAUCGUGGGAAAAAUCUAUUUCCUACUGGUGCGCAUCAAAAUCAAACACAUGGAAAUUGCUAUCAUCAAACGGGAACAGACAGGUUCUGGUAAGAUGAUUUUUUUUGUAUGGCAGUGUUUAAUUUAUGACUGAAUGUUCAGAACUAAC